AUGGUUCCCAAUAAGCUAACCCGCCAUUUCACCACAAAACAUCAAUCGUUACAAAAUAAACAAAUUGAUUAUUUUCGAAGACUAUUAGAUUCAAAAAAACUACAAUCAAAACAAUUUGUAAGAUCAGUGAAAAUUUCGGAUAAGGCACAGGAAGCUAGUUUUCGUAUCGCCCAAUUGAUAGCUCAAACAAAAAAAUCUCAUUUAAUUGCCGAGAGUCUUAUUAUGCUAGCUUGUCGUAUUAUGGAUAUUGAGGAGCAGGUUAUUGAAGUUAUAAAAAGUGGAGAAUUAUUUGCCUUGCAUGUUGAUGAGUCAACAGACAUAAAAUUAUCUGGGACAACAACUGGUCGAGAUGUUUUUGAUGUUAUAAAUAAAUAUUUUAAAAACUAUGGUAUACCGUGGACUUCUUGUGUAAGUAUUUUUACAGAUGGGACGCCAUCAAUGACAGGCUCUAUUAAAGGAUUUAUUACAAUUGCCAAAAAUCAAAAUCCAAAUAUAAACACAAUACACUGUUUUUUACACAGGGAGGCAUUAGUAGCAAAAAGUAUUGUUAAUGAAUUAAAGAUUGUACUGGAUCAAGUCGAAAAAAUGGUGAAUUUUAUUAAAAGUAGACCUCAAAAAAUUCGAUUAUUUUCCCAGUUAUGUGAAUCAAUGGAAUCUGACCACUAUACAUUGAUUAUUCAUACAGAAGUACGUUGGUUAUCAAAAGGGCGAAUUUUAUCACGUUUUUAUGAACUUAGAGAAGAACUUUUAGUAUAUUUUACAAUGGAGCAAAUGGAAUAUUCCGAUUAUUUAUCCGAUGAAUUUUGGUGUUCAAAAUUAGCAUAUUUAGCUGAUAUUUUUGAACACCUGAAUCAAUUAAAUUUAAGCAUGCAAAGUGAAAAUCAAAAUUUAUUAAUAUCUACAGACAAAAUGGCUGCAUUUAAAGGCAAAUUAUUGAUUUGGAAAAGAAUGGUAAAUGAUAAUAAUUUGGAUAUGUUUCCUUUAACUGCUAAUACUAAAUUUACUGAUAAAAUAAUACCAAUUAUCAAUGACUCAAUAACAUUAUUGGACCAAAAACUUGAUCAUUAUUUUUCAUCGCUGGAUUUGAAAUUAUUUGAUUCGGUGAGGAAUCCAUUUAAUCCUAGUUUAGAAACCUCACAUCUUUCAUUAAAAGAGGAAGAAGAACUUGCAAAAUUAAAAAACGAUCGUACUCUUCAAAUGAAAUUUUAUGAGCUCGAGCUUAGCCAAUUUUGGAUUUACACAAAAAAAGAAUAUCCGAACUUAACAAAAUUGGCUCAUUCCGUAUUAUUACCAUUUUUGACAUCAUAUUUGUGCGAAGUAGCUUUUUCUGCUUUGAAUGAAAUUAAAAACAAAAAAAGGGAAAGAUUAAUUAAUGUCGAAGAGGAGUUAAGAGUCGCCUUAUCGAAGAUUUCACCACGAAUUGAUACAUUAUGUUGA